AUGGGUAAUGAAAAAGAACAUUAUGGUACACCACCAUCUAAAAAGAAAAAAACUUGUGAAAGAUCUUUUAGGGAAGAAUUUUAUAUUAGAAGAUCUACAAGAAUUCAACGUAUUCCUGAAGAAAAUGAGUUUUCAUGGCUUUCACCGAAAAGAAAUGUCUCAAUAAAUAAUAAUAAUGGUAUUCAAAGACUUAAUAUUGGACCAGAUUAUCAGGCAUUUAUACCAGAAAAAAAACCAAAAGAAAAAGUUCAGAAAACAACUGAAAUAUUAAUUUGGGAUUACAAACAGGAUAAUGCUGAUGAAUGGUCUUUGGAGAAACAAGCAAUGGUUCAUGAAUUUGCUGAUGCUGUUGAAGAUUAUGGUUAUGAUUAUUUAGAAGCACUAAACAUUCUUCGUCAAUAUAAUUGUGAUCCAAUUGAAAGCAGUCGUCAUGUUGAAUCUCACAUUCCACAUCAUUCUUUUAAAAGAUUUUCAAUGGAGGAAGAAUCAUUACUAGAUGACUGUAAAAUGAAAGCUAAUAAACCUCAAAAAAAACAACAAGUUUUUCAACAAAUGGUUCAUGAAUCAAAAAGAACUCACAAAGAGAUUGUUGAACAUUAUCGUAAAACUAAAAAGCAUACUUGCGAAACACGUCGCAAAAAAUGUUGGUGCAAAGAAAAAUUUUUCAUUAAACCAAUAAGAAACACUAUUGAAAGGAAGGAUUGCAAAAAUUGUAGAGAUCGUUUAUACCUGAAAGAUGAUGUUAAUAUAGAAAUUUUUAGUGAUGAUAAUAAUUUAUUGUUAUGUUCACUUUGCCAAUUUCAUUUUAAUUACACAAAUAAAAUGAGAACCCCAACUGUUGAAUUUGAUCCAUCAAAAACUAAUGAUGAUGAAAAAAUACAACAAAUUCGUGGAAAGAUUGAACAAAUUAAUAUACCGGAAAGUCAUGUACCUUUAAUUUUACAUGAAUUGGAGGCUCAUUCACUUGACAUUAGAGGAACAUUAAAAGGAUUGAGAGAAAAUCAUGGUGUUGGUGGUUAUUCACAAAGUCAUAUAAGAUGGUUUAUUACUACACAAGCCCAUAAAUAUAACAUUCAUUUCAAUGAUUGUUUUCCUGAAGGACAAACAUUAGAAAGUGGAAAUUUGGAAACGAAGGAAGGAAAUGAAUAA